AACAAAAGUUAAUAUAAAUACGAAAAACUUGUGUUUAUUAAUAAACUCAGACGUGAAUGGUGUGCGGUGAACACAAUUAUUUUACUGAGUAGAUAUUAUAUUGUAUUAUAUAGUGCCUAUAAUUUAUAUUUAUAUAGUUUUAUGCUGUGAAAAUUUAAAUUACAAAAAAAUAUAAUAAUUUUAACUUUCAAUCGUUUGAAGUUGAUGAAAAUUCCACCUUUAUGUAUACUUAUGCAGUUCUACUUCUCGAAUUAGAUAGUUCGGUACCUCAGAAUGAAUAAAUAGAUUUAUAUUAAACUUAAUUUGGGUGAGUUUAAUUAGGAAGUGUAUAAAUACGCUUGUCACAGAAUAAAUGAAUGUAGUUAUUAUUCAAAUUUAAAUUCUGAGUUCAGUUGUUCAAGCAUUCAUUUUGUGUAGAUGUAUAAAAAUCGACCAUUUUUUUCAAUAAUCCUAUUUUAUUUUAUGGUCAAACCACCUGUCAUUUAAACCGGUUAUACAGACGUAGAUAUGUUUAGCUCACACUUCACUAUGGUUAGACCAUUGCAAAUCGUGGUGGUUUUAAUUCUAGUAAAUUUAGUAGCUCCGUCUUUAGCUGCAAAUAUUUUGUAUCCGGUGGAAAGUGAAAGUCGCGAAGUUCGUACUCUACAUGGCCUAUGGAACUUCAAAAUAUCUCCACCAUCAAACCAAAUGAUUGGGUUUGAUGAAAAUUGGUACGCGACGAGAUUUGAAACACUUGGUGAUUAUUGGAAAAUGCCUGUUCCAUCUAGUUAUAAUGAUGUUUCUACAAACUCAACCAUACGAGAUUACGUCGGUUGGGCAUGGUAUCAAUAUGAAUUCUAUGUACCAAAAAGAUGGACUGAUGAUCAACUGAAUGUAUUCUUACGUUUUAGCAGUGUGCAUUUCAAAUCGAUUGUGUGGUUAAAUGGUCAAAUAUGUGUAGAUCAUGAAGGCGGUCACUUACCGUUUACUGGUAAUGCUACUGAUUUUCUUAAAUAUGGUGAACCUAAUCUAAUCGUCGUUGCUGUAAAUAAUACACUGAGACCAGAUACUAUACCACAGGGGUAUACAACAUAUCCAAACAACACGUACAAGUAUCCAAAAAAUUAUACUAUAUAUUCUCACGAGUUUGAUUAUUUUGAUUAUUCUGGUAUAAAUAGAGCUGUCCAUUUAUAUACAACGCCAAAAGUUUACGUUUGUGACAUUACUGUAUUUACGAAUUUUGGAAAUAAUUCAGAAGGAAUCGUUGACUACAAGGUUGAUAUUUGUGGAAAUAAUAUUAUUGAAUGUAAUAUUACACUUUUGGAUGCUAAUCGAAAUACAGUAGUCGAAUCGAAUACGUGUUCUGGACAGUUAAUAAUACCAAAUGUAAUACCUUGGUGGCCAAUUAUGUCUGGUAAAAAACACAUAGCAUACUUAUAUACUUUCCAGGUGAAGACCAAUAAUGAAAAUAGUGAUUAUUAUCGUUUACCAAUUGGUGUUAGAACACUUCAAUGGACAUCAAAAGAAUUAUUGCUAAAUAAUGAACCGAUUUAUUUAAGAGGAUUUGGAAAACACGAAGAUUCUAUAAUACGGGGAAGAGGUUAUGAUGAUGCAUUAAGUGCCAGAGACUAUUAUUUAAUAAAAUGGUUAGGUGCUAAUUCUUUUCGUACAUCACACUACCCUUACGCAGAAGAAACAUUACAGCAAGCUGAUUCAGAAGGUAUAUUAGUAAUUGUGGAAAGUGCUGCGUGUAACUUAAGAAUAUUUGGACCAGAUGUAUUGAAAUUCCAUAAAGGUGUAAUGACAGAAAACAUAAAUCGUGAUAAAAAUCAUCCAAGUGUAAUUAUGUGGUCAUUGGCUAACGAACCAUAUAACAAUGUAAAUUCAUCCGUAUCGUAUUUUCGAAAACUUUACAAAUAUGUACGAAAUAUCGAUCCGUCAAGACCAAUAACUUUUGUCAACAGUCAACAAAUUCAAAAUGCUAAAGCGAUUGAAUACAUGGAUAUUCUAACUUUAAACCGUUACAGCAGCUGGUAUAGUGAUUCAGGUCAUUUAGAGCUUAUUCAAUAUCAGAUAUACAAUGAAUUUGAAGCAUUUACAAAAAAAUACAAUAAACCUAUACUAUUAACUGAAUAUGGUGCUGGAGCAAUUGCUGGAUUUCAUUCGCUGCCAGAAACUAUGUGGAGUGAAGAUUAUCACGUUACUCUGCUUCAAGAAUAUUUUAAAACUUUUGAUUCAUUAAUAGCUAAUGGAAUUCCAAUCCUUGGAGAAAUGAUAUGGAAUUUUGCCGAUUUUAAAACACCACAAGAGUAUAUAAGACCGGGGUUGUGUGUAAAAGGAUUAUUUACCAGAGAAAGACAACCCAAGAUGGCUGCAUAUGUAGUAAAAGAACGUUUUAAUACAUUUAAAAGCAACUUUGCAUGGAAAAAUCAAUCUUUAGGUGUGAAUAAGUUGAUUACAGGCGCAUAAGUAAUUAUAUAACAAAAAUGAUAAUAUAUUAUGUUGUAUCAUUUUUUUUUCUCUAAAAUGUAUUGUGUAA